AUGGGUUCACUUGGUAUUGUUGAUCAAUUUAGAAAUGUUUUGGGACUACAACUUGAAAUUUGUUCACAAGCACCCUUAACUGGAUUUUUUCGAAAUGGAUAUUGUGCAACAUGUCCUGAAGAUUUUGGCGUUCAUACCGUUUGUGCACAAAUGACAGACGAUUUUUUAAAUUAUACAAAACAACAAGGAAACGAUUUAUCUGCACCUCAAGCACAUUUUCCCGGUUUAAAAAGUGGUGAUCGAUGGUGUUUGUGUGCUGAACGAUGGAAAGAAGCAUUUCAAGCUAAUUUGGCACCACCACUCUUCUUGAAAGCCACACAUUACAACACGUUGGACAUUAUAUCAAUAGAAAAUUUAGUAUCAAAAGCACUAGAUAAUCACUGA